GAUUUCUGUCCUUACAAGGGGGGAGCAGUGGCGCCCAGCGCGAGGGUGAUGGUUGUGCUUUGGUCUCCCUCAAAUGAAUUUGCAGCUACAGUCCAGCUCCUACCGGACCUCCUCCAAAACCCACUGUCACAGUUACAACAAAAUCCUGAAUUUGGAUUAACCUUAAACCUGCUCCAUAAGAACACUACAAAAGUAGAACCCCUAUAUCACUGUAAGUUUCUCCAUACUACUUUGUCACAGAAAGGACUGGAGGAGUUCUUUGAUAACCCACAGAAUUGGGGAGAAACUGUUGUUAAAUCUGGAGAUGAGUGGCAUGCAAAACACUUAAGAAAUAAAAGUAAUGAAGAUUUGCAUAAACUUUGGUACGUCCUACUGAAAGAGAAAAACAUGCUUUUAACUCUACAACAAGAAGCAAAGAGACAACAUUUACCUAUGCCAAGUCCAGAACGAUUAGAAAAGGUGGAAAAGUCUAUGGGAAGAAUAAACUUAGUUAUUCAAGAAAGAGAAGUUGCUCUGCGGCUGUUACAGACAGGUCACGAAAAACCAAGACCUGGCGAGUGGAGAAAUGACUUCUUAGGACGCACAUACUGGUAUAAUUACAAAGAGUGGCCAAUACCUUGGUACCUAAACAAAAAAUACAACAGGAAGAGAUUCUUCUACUUGCCAUACGUGAAACAUUUCAUCAGACUAAGAAUAGAGAAACACUUGAAAAAACAAGCAAGGAUGAAAAACUUAGAAAAAAAGAAACAGCUCCUUUUACAAAAGAAAUUCCCUCACCUUGCUGCACAGUCACAGAAUUAAUAUUAAGGUGGAAGUGUGAUGUAAAUAAUUUUUACUGCAGUAGUCAUAAGAUGCUACAUGUGACUAGCAUGUACUGCCAACAUAUUUUCCGUGGGCUGCAGAUAGAGCCAGGCUAGGUGUGACUUUAUUUUUACUUUAUCUUUUUUCACCUUUUCCCUGCCCAAGUAAAGCUUCUCAAAACUAAAAAUACUUA